CUUGUGCUGCGCGCUCCCGCCCCUGUGACAUUCCGCCCGGCCUCACGUGUUUUCUGUGUAUAAAAGGGUCCCAGUCUCUGCUCAUUAUGUCCAGUGUGUCACCAGACAAACGGAGAAAAAUGGAGUCAGCGCUGAACCAGCUGAAGAAGCACACGGUGGUGGUGGCGGACACGGGGGACUUCAACGCCAUUGACGAGUACAAGCCUCAAGAUGCCACCACUAACCCGUCUCUUAUCCUGGCUGCUGCCAAGAUGCCGGCCUACCAGCACCUGUUGGAUCAGGCCAUUAAAUACGGCAUCGCCAAAGGCGGCACUGAAGAGGAGCAGGUCGCCAACACCAUGGACAAACUGUUUGUGACGUUCGGGCUGGAGAUUCUCAAGCUGGUCCCAGGCAGAGUCUCCACCGAGGUGGACGCCAGAUUAUCUUUCGAUAAAGAUGAAAUGGUUGCCAAGGCCCUCAGGCUCAUCGCUCUGUACGAAGAGGCGGGCAUCAGCAAGGAGCGCGUGCUCAUCAAGCUGUCGUCAACGUGGGAGGGGAUUCAGGCCGGCAAGGACCUUGAGGAGAAGCACGGCGUGCACUGCAACAUGACCCUGCUGUUCUCCUUCGCUCAGGCUGUGGCCUGCGCAGAAGCACAGGUGACGCUGAUCUCACCUUUCGUGGGACGCAUCUUCGACUGGUACAAGGAGAACACAGACCGCAAAAGCUACGAGCCACACGAAGAUCCAGGUGUCCUGAGUGUGACCAAGAUCUUCAACUACUACAAGAAGUAUGGCUACAGCACGGUGGUGAUGGGCGCCUCCUUCAGGAACACGGGGCAGGUGAAGGCUCUGACGGGCUGCGACCUGCUCACCAUCUCCCCUGGGCUGCUGGCAGAGCUCAGCGAGGACCACAGCACCGUCACACAGAUGCUCACUGUGGAGAAAGCCAAGGCCUGUGAUCUGGAGAAGAUCCACCUGGAUGAGAAGGCUUUCCGCUGGCAGCACAACGAGGACCGCAUGGCCGUGGAGAAACUGUCUGACGGCAUCCGCAAGUUCGCCGCUGACGCCAUCAAGCUGGAGACCAUGAUCAAAGAGAAAAUCCUCAACGUGAAAAACGGCCAGUAAUGGGACGGCUUUGGCGUCUCCAGCCCUGAUGACAGGAAGUACAGAGUUAGGAGCUGCCUUCUUUGUCCCCCCCGACUACCUGAUAGAAGGUCCAAAGCACCAGGAUGCCUUCCCUCUCCUCGUCUGACCAAACUCCAGGGACCUCUUGAACAGACACCUUUCCUCUCCUGGGCUGGCACUGACUCUGUUUGUUUUCUGACCAAACAUAAAUGGUGAUUUAAUGCUAAUGUUGGUGUAAAAUAGUCUAAUAUUUACUAGGAGCUUGAUCAGAAAGGAGCAAAAUAAACACGAAGCAGAAGAAAUGUCUUAACGAGACUUGGCUCAGUCUCUUUGAGUAGUGAUCAUGUGACUGCUGGGAAGGAGCACCAGCUCUUUUCUGCAGGAAGGGACCACAGGUUUUCUACAGACGACUGUAACAUCAUUCCUCAGAAUAUUCCAUUUUGUUCUUUCAAUAAAUAAACGUCUCAGCCUUCA